AAUCACACGACCUUUCUGUUCCCAGAUGAUGUGCGUCCGUGCAUGGUGGGCAGCAGGUGCCUGGCUAGCGGCGUGGGCCUGGGUGACAGCAAGCGUCCCGGUGGUUAGCGAGAGGGACAAGCUGCUGUACAUAAUGAUGGACGGGCUGAGGUGGGACUACGUGGACCAACAGGACGCCACCGUGUUGCCGGGCUUCAGCAGAAUACUACAGGAGGGCGUGCGGGCUGAGUGGACUGACCCGCUGUUUCCGAGUCUCUCAUUCCCCACUUGGACCACUUUGUCCACGGGCAGAUACGCCGAGACUCAUGACAUCGUCGGCAACUACUUUUAUGAUGCUGACGUUAAGGACAAUUUUUCUCUCUUUGACACCGCUUCGACAGGAAAGCCUAAGUGGUGGACGUCUGAGCCUAUCUGGACGACCGCCGAGAAGGCCGGCCUGAGAACAGCUCAAUUCCUGUGGUCCCGCUGCGACGUACCCAUGGAUGGCGUCAUCACGGAGUUCUGUGAGCCGUUUGUCAAAAUCCCUGGCAAAGAAAUUUUCGAAACAAACAUUCAAAGAGCACUGGAGAAAUUCGACGAGGGAUUUGAUUUCGUACAGGUGUACACGGAGCACGCCGACAACACGGGACACAACUUUGGUCCCGAGUCUGAAGAGGUGCGGCAGGCGGUCCGUGACCUGGACGACGUGUUGGUUCAGCUCAUGGCAGGGCUGGAGGAGAGGGGCCUCGUCGACAGCGUGAACAUCGUGAUAGUGAGUGACCAUGGCAUGACCAACACUGCACCCGGCAAUAUUGAGCGUCACGAGAUCGACAACUACCUGGACACUAGCCUGGUCGAGAACGUGGCAGACAAGGGCGCCUUCACAAACAUCAAAGUGACGGCGGGUAAUGUGGACGUGGUGUACGCCCAAGUGUCCCAGAUCCCCGGGGUGAGGGCGUACAAACACGUCGACAUCCCUGACAGCUUUCACUACAAGGACAGUCCGUACAUCCACGACGUCAUCCUUCUCGCCGACAAGGGAAACUUUGUCUUGGCCUCACACUCCGAUAAGCAGCUGCCGCCCCGCAAUGACGACUUCGUGUAUAUAGGUGCCCACGGCUACAACCCCGAUGAGCAGGACAUGAAGGGUGUCUUCUUCGCCCGGGGCCCUGGUGGGUAAUGCGCUGCCUCACACUAACAGUUAUGAUCUUGCUUUUCUUCUUGUGAACUGUUCCCCUACUGGUGAAGCUCUCACUUCACUACCAACACCAACACAACUAGUGCUACCAUUACUACAAAUCAGCCACUACUGCUGUUACUUUCUUUUCUACUGCUUCUACCAGCACCACA